CCUUUGCUCAAUGAGCGAUGUUAUUACGAAACACCGACACCUAAUCGUCCAAUUACAUUUGCUCCGUCACAAUUUAGGGAUGGUCUGUACGUACGAGUUAGUGGCAGGCUUCAUGCGGUGGUCGUCUUUCGGAGUUCUUUUCAUGGUGCAGCUGCGAUGGCCGAUGCUGCCGUCGCUUAUCUAUUUCUCGCUAUCGUAAAAGCGGACUUGUGA